AUGGCCUCAGCUUCUUCUCAAUCAUCUGACCCAAGUUUGGAUGUUGAGUGGCAGGAGUGGAAGAUGAAACAUAAAAAAACCUACAGCCAGGAUGAAGAAGGACACAGAAGAAUGGUGUGGGAGGAAAAUAAGAAGAAAAUUGAGGAACACAAUGCAGAAUAUGAGGAGGGCAAGGCCAGCUUUUGCAUGGGCCUGAAUGAAUUUAGCGACUUGACUAAUGAUGAAUUCUGGGAAAUGAUGACUUGCUCUUCAGACUCAAUUUUGCCAGACCAGGACAUAAUCAACACACAUCUCUUUAAUGAUAUCCCUGAGUUUGAGGAUUUGAUAGAGGACAACACUGAGACACCUGAAAAGGACCAGGUAUAG